AUGCCACUACCACCACCUGGUCUGUCAUUCUUCCCCCCAGGGCAGGUGGCCCGAGUCUGUGAGGCCCUGCAGGAGAAUGGGGAGUUCGAGCGUCUGGCCCUGUUCCUUUGGGCUUUGCCACCUACCCUUGCCAACAGAUGCCACCAGGCCCCUCCAUGGGUGCCGAUCUGCCCUGAGCUGGAGCUGCUGGGCCCCCACACCUCAGCCCUGCUGACACCCUAUUGCAGCCAGGCCUCACCUUGUGGGGCCCCAGGGACCUUAGGGGGCCUGGAACAGUACGCAUCAUGCAGGAGACUAUCCUUCUCAGCCUUUCCCAACAGCAACAUCCAGCACAGGGUCAGCAGCUUCAAGGAAAAGACACGGAACCUGCUGCGGGAAUGGUACCUGCAGGACCCCUACCCCAACCCCUCCCGCAAGCGCUACCUGGCCCAUGCCACUGGCCUUACCCCCACCCAGGUGGGGAACUGGUUCAAGAACCGCCGACAGCGGGACCGUGCUGCCUCAGCCAAGAACAGGCUCCAGAAAGAUUCAUCAUCCCAGCCUCCCAGGACUGAGAGUCAAGACAUCGUAGGCCUGAGUGACAGCCCAUCUCUGCAGGAGCACAGCAGUGCCCUCAGCAGGCAGACGUAUCCCACCUCAACCAUCAGUGACAGCAAGAGCAGCCUAUGA